AUGUUGGACAUAGGCAAUGAAAGCACGGAUAUUCUGGACGCCUUCAAUGCCCAUCUGCAAGUCUCGGCUAGAGUUGAAACUGUGUUUUAUUACAAUCCCGUGCAAUUGCCAUGUUGGAGUGUGGAGCUGCUCCAACGUCAGGCUCUGCAUGCGGCCAUUCUAGUAUGGAAUACGGUCAACUCGAUUAACCUAAGAUUUAGUCAGAGCAGAAACAUGUUGGUACUGGCCUGUUUGCCAGAGGAACCCACAGAGGCCAAGUCGUUACUUGACCUCCUUGCUCGCCACCUAUAUCAUAUGCGACAAGUGAAAGUGUUAGUGGAGUUGAGCAGUCCAGACGGUACGUGUGGUGGCGGCAGUGAGGAGUAUAUAGGAAGUCUUUUGAAGCAAUGUUUCCAACUAAGCAUGCUGAAUGUGGCACUUAUGUGCGGCAACUUCAUUAAAACCCUUCUUUACUAUACGUAUGAAGCAUAUCCCGUAUUUGAAGUGCAAGUUCAAGGGUUUAAGCCAUUUGAAGAGGGACCAUUGAUGUAUCCAGACAAGCAAGUCAAUAUGCAUCACCAUCCCAUCUACUCCAUGCCUGAUCAGGCCGAGCCGUACACCAUAGUUUAUGAUGAAAAUGGUAGGAGUCGUGUCAUCGGACUUAUCUGGUAUAUCCUGGAGGAGUUCGCUCAAUAUCAUAAUGCCACGCUGCGUUGGUUUGAGACCCCCAUAUCAGGCAAGCUACCCAAUCAAGUACUAUUGGGGGACCUCGUCGACAACGGAUCCUUGGAUAUGUCUGCUUCGGCUACCUUCAUGGGCUGGGGACGGUACUAUGGGCUGACCUAUCCGAUGACUAUCAGUAGCUGGUGCAUUAUGUUGCCCUUGGAGCGGCAUGUUAGUGUUUGUGAAGCUCUGGUCAAGGCGUUCCAGCUGGAAUCGUAUAUGAUGCUGUUGGGACUCUAUGCUCUGUACGUGGGGUUGCCAGUUAUUGUGACUUAUCUUUGCCCUAAUCGGUCUUGGGCUCUUGAUAAUGUAGCUAUCUCGUUUUAUCGUCUCAUUGCACUCUGCCUCGGAAUCCAACUUGUGGCCUUCUAUGAGGCUCGGGUGCAGUCGUUUCUUAUCCAUCCACUGCGUAAAAAUCUUAUAGCCACCUUAAGCGAUUUGGAGAACUCUCAGGUGCGCAUCUGGGGCGUUCGCUCCGAAUUCUACUUGUAUGAAGAUGAGCUGCGCAUCAAGUUUGCAAGAGUGUUCCGAUUGACAGACCAAGGCCUUGAGCUGGUGAGGAUGCGCAAUACUCUGAACACCUCUUAUGGCUACACUAUAACGUCUAACAAGUGGCCCCUGUAUGACGCCCUCCAGCGUGGUUUCCAUCGGCCGAUCUUUCGUUACCUGCGAAGUAUUUGCGUACAGAGUCUCUGUCUAUUCUCCAUGCUGAUACAGGAAAAUUCGGUGUACUACCAUAAGCUGAACCAUUUCAUAUCAAAGCUUCGACAGGCCGGCUUUAUUUCAUAUUGGAUAGAAAACAGUUUCUACGAUAUGGUGCGUGGAGGCAAAAUGCGAAGGCAGGACUUAAGUGAAGUGCAUGUGGUGGUGCCCUUGACUCCAGAAGAUAUUGCUCCAGUUCUUGGCGUUUACGCAAUGGGCUUACUUCUAAGUAUGUGCACAUUUCUUUUGGAAAAUGCGGCGUACUACGCAUGUGCAUUUGUAUAUGGACAUAUCUAA